ACAACGACGUCGUUUCAACCAAAACCUUAAACCCUAGACGGAGACAGAGAUGCUCUGCUGAUAGUUCGUUGCAGCAAUGGCGUGUAUAGAGGAAGAAAAGCUCGAUAGAUUCCACCAGUGGCUUCAGGUAAAUGGGGUUGAUUUACGCGGCUGCAAGAUCAAAUAUUGUGAUUCAAGCAAAGGUUUUGGUAUUUAUUCCGCUAAAGAUGCACCCGAUGGAGUAUUGCUUGUUGUGCCACUGGAUUUAGCCAUAACUCCGAUGAGAGUUUUGCAAGAUCCUCUGCUUGGACCAGAGUGUAGAGCUAUGUAUGAAGAGGGGGAUGUAGAUGAUAGGUUUUUGAUGAUGUUGUUCCUUACCGUGGAGCGCCUUCGUAAGAAUUCUACCUGGAAGCCGUAUCUUGAUAUGCUUCCAACCACAUUUGGAAAUCCACUUUGGUUUACUGAUGAUGAGCUUUCGGAAUUGAAGGGCACGAACUUGUACAGGGCAACUGAAUUGCAGAAGAAAAAGUUGGUGUCUUUGUAUGAAGACAAAGUCAAGGGUUUGGUGAAGAAACUUCUGAUACUGGAUGGUGAUUCAGAGAGUGAGGCAUGCUUUGAAGAUUUCCUUUGGGCAAAUUCAGUAUUUUGGGCUCGUGCUUUGAACAUUCCUCUUCCAUAUUCUUAUGUAUUUCCACGAACUCAAGAAGAUCAGGAUAUCAGCUGUUUGGCUGAAAAAACUUCUGAAGUUUCCACUAGCCAUAUUUCUGGUGGAGAGUCAAUUAAUGGAAAGAAUGAAAAAGGAUUAGAGGUACAUGAAGUUGAUAGCAAAGUCAAUGAAGUGACUUCCGUGUCAAGACAAGGUGAAACUAUCUGGGUAGAGGGCCUUGUGCCUGCCAUUGAUUUUUGCAACCAUGAUUUGAAGGCAGUGGCAACAUGGGAGGUUGAUGGAACGGGAUCAAUAACUGGAGUCCCCUCCUCCAUGUACCUUCUAUCUGCCGGGCAAAGUUCAUUGCCCGUUGAGAGAGAGAUUUCCAUUAGUUAUGGUGACAAGGGAAAUGAGGAACUGCUCUACCUAUAUGGAUUUGUCAUUGAUAAUAACCCAGAUGAUUAUCUUAUGGUUCAUUAUCCCAUUGAGGCAAUUCAAAAAAUCUCCUUUUCUGAAUCCAAGGCACAACUACUUGAAGCACAGAAGGCUGAAAUGCGGUGUCUUUUGCCUAGAAGUUUGCUGGCUCAGGGGUUUUUUCCGGCAGGAUUUUCAAACAAUAAAGAAAGUAAUACAUGUAAUGUUGAAAGAAGUUGCCACUUCAGUUGGAGUGGUCAGCGGAAGACGCCCUCAUACUUGAAUAAGUUGGUCUUUCCAGAAGACUUCUUAACUGCAUUGAGGACUAUAGCUAUGCAAGAAGAUGAACUGUAUAAGGUUUCAUCAAUGCUUGAAGAGCUUGUUGGGUCUGGAGGGGAAAGGCAGCCAUCUGAGACUGAAGUAAGAGCAGCAAUGUGGGAGGCUUGUGGGGAUUCUGGAGCUUUACAAUUGCUUGUUGAUCUUCUCAACAAAAAGCUGAUGGACCUUGAAGAGAGUUCUGGAACAGAGGAUCGUGAUUCUGAACUACUCCAAACGGCCUGCAUUAUUGGAAGCCCACAACAGAAAACAAGGUAUGGAGCUAAUCCAAGCAAGAACGCAAACACUUCAAACCAGCAUGAGCUAAUUAGUAGGAACAGAUGGUCAAGCAUAGUUUAUCGACGAGGACAGAAAGAACUCACCCGCCUAUUUUUGAAGGAAGCAGAGCAUGCCUUGCAAUUAUCUAUAGCAGGAGGAAAUUGAUUCAGUUUCCAUCAAACUUGCUGUUAUCUAUUCACUUUAUUAGUAUAUUAUUUAUUGAAAUUAAGAGUUGAAAUAGGACUUAGGAGUUACAGGGCAUAAACCUUUUCUUUGCUGAGAACGGAUGUACAGUAUU